GGAUAGAUACACGUUGGCUGCUCCAGGUGAGGUGAUACUCGAGGUCCCGUACCUGACGCCGCGCUGGUUCGCUGGGCGAUCAACGCGAGCAACGGGUCGUCACAGGCGACAAUCACGGCGACGUCGGCGAAUGAGAGCGUCCUCCGUCGGCGUGUGCACCACGUCGUCGCGUCGCGCGGACCCUACGACGUGGCUGGCGGCCACCACGGGGACCAAGGAUGGUGAGCUCCCGCACGUGUAGCGUGAACGUCACGUCCACCGUUAACGGCAACGGCGGCGUGGCGGCCGACGGCGGCACGGGGAACGUGCCGCGCGAGGACGAGGGCCGCGCGGCGAACGGCGACGGCGGCGGCGUGGUCGGCCCUCAAGAGUGGAACCCGAGCGGGCCGCCCUCGCUCUCGAUGUCGGUCGACCUGCACAAUCUCGUCAGCUCGACCCUCACGGACUCGGGACGGUACUCCGCGAGCCCGGAUGAACAUCACCAGACCGCCACGUCCGCCGGCGCCGCCAACGCGAUCAAGAUCGGCUGUCACGACGAGGAGGAGAGCUACGAAGGCUUUGGCUCCGUCGAGGGCGACUUGGUGGACGACGGGCCGGAGUCACCGGGCGGCAGCAGUUCCGCGCCCUCGCCGACUGGUACCAACUCGCACAGAAAUCCGAGGAGUCCGAACUCCACCGUUGGAAGACAUUCCUGGCUGCGUACUUCGUUGCGGAGAACACCCCCCUGUUCGACGAGAAAGAGACUCAGCACCAACGCCUUAGCGAGUGGUAGCUUUAACAGUUCGGGAAUGGGGUCGAAUUACGACGCUGCAGAUGAUGUGUACAGUGACGUAUCUUUGGAGGAUGUCAUGGAUCUCAGUCACAAAGUUCAAAUGAUCCAAGAGCAAAUGGAUGCCUUAGCGGAUACUAAGUCGGUGGGCGAGGAGAGGUAUGCUCGAGCGAAACAAGAAAAUGCAACAUUACAGGCGCGCAUAUUGAUGCUUGAAGAAGCGGCCAAAGAUGCGGAAACGAGGGCUGAAGAGAGGCUUCAAACUGAGCAACGGAGACACCGAGAAUGGGCGUCCCGUUUAGAGCGCGAACGUCAGCUGCAGCUGGAAAAUUACGCUAUCAAACUGCAGUCGGCGGAGGUGGACAGUUCCAGUUUGCGGGAGGAGAUCGCGCGAGUGCGCGAACAGCUUGAGAAAGCGAGGGCGGAUAAAACGCGGCUGGAGAAUGAUCUUCGGGAGGUCAGGAGGGAAGCGGACGCCGCGCGCGAAAGUGAACGUCAUGCGAUAAGCCGAGCUAACGAGACUCAUCACAUGCUCGACGCUAUGAGAGAGGAACUUUCAUUACGGAGCGAGGAUCAGCAGAGAAUCGAAGAACUGAUGCAGCAGGUGGCUCAACUUCAAGCUCGCAAUAAAAGUUUGGAAGAAUCUCGGGACGAACUGCAAGCUGCCGCAGCGUUGCAGGCAGGCCGUGAACUUUUAAUGCUGAAUCCUUGUAGCAAUAACGCCGAGAAAGGCCCUAGUCUCGCUGCAGAAUUGUUAGCUGGCAUGAAUCCAGACCAGAUAGAUGGUCAAGGAGAGCUUAACGAAUUGUGCACGAUGGCUGAAUUAAAACAAGCCCUGAAGGAGCAACAAGAAGUAAACACGCAAUUAAGAACGUACAUUGAUGGGAUAUUACUGAACAUUGUGGAAAAUUAUCCACAAUUAUUAGAAGUGAAACAAACGCACUGAAACAUAUUACAUAAUCCGUCGUUAGAUCCUGUUCUGAUACUUCCCAGGCAAUUGUACAUUAACUUUCUUUGUUUCAAUUGAGGAAGAUUGGAGGGUUGCCUAGAACUUGGCCGACGUAUAUUUUACAUAUCAAUAUUUUAAAGAACACAAAUAUCUUGCCGCAGAACGUGCGCUUGAAUGUCAGUUUUAAGGGAACCUGAGUUUGCUUUGAACGAUAAUUUCCAAACAAUACGAAACUCUAAGACGUGUUUACUUCAAUGUAAAUUAACUUUAAAUUUAGUUUAAUUUACUUUCUUUGUUAGCUUUAAAAAUUAGAAACAAUGAGGAAAAAAUAAAAAGUUAUAUCAAGAUUAAAAUUAAUUUAUAUUGGUACAAAUGUGUCCAAGGGACAACUUCGCAGAGAGGGUCUCAGCUUGUUAGAUAUUGCAAACAUCUUAGAAAUUCUUCAAAUGUCCUUGUUAUCCAGAGAAUCAAAAUUUAUAUUCUCGAUCGUUUGAGCUCUGGGCAGCCGUCGCUGUACAUUUAGGGAAAAAGUUAUAAAGUGAUGCUACCGUAGUCGCAAUGUGUACAAUGAUGAAAGGAAGAAUACUCGGCUCAGCAUCGUUUCGUUCAAGAUGUCACAUCAACCACGGAUUUUAGAGCCGUUUUUUUUCCACUGCCAUCUAUUUCGUCACACCAACAUCAUCACUGUCAGGGAGGCGAGUGAAUCCCGAUUGUGCCUCUCCAAUGCGUCCUUUGCAUGUUGGCUGAACUAUACACUCUGAUACGCGCGAGAUCAAUAAAAUACUUGUAUUACGUUAGUACGCGUACGAUUGAUGUAUGAUCCGAAUGAAUUUGUAUGUUACGCGCAUGUGUACGUGUGUAUAUGUAUAUAUGUAUUACGUGCACGUGUGUAUAUGCGACAACGGAGAUGACGUGACUGCACGAUGUGUCGCGAAAAACUGUGAUGCGUUAGAGUACUUUUUAAUUGUGAAAAAUCGUGUCUCGGUGACACGCUGCUUGAGCAAAAUAAAAAGUCACCGUGACAUCAAAAUAAUGUAAAAAUGUAAUAAUUAUCUCAAAAUGACCAUCAAAAGACACUCUUUGAUCAAUCACAAUUUAUUUUAAUAUCAUUUCGAUCGGAAUGAUCGUCAUGUUAUCAUGACUUGUUGUUUUGCUUAGGCAUACGAACCUAUGGACGACAACCUUGUACUCUAGAUCUUUAUAUCGAAUGCUAGUAAAAUUGAAAUUAAACGAUUAUAUUUUGAUA